AUUGUGAUGGCUAUGGCUACUAUUACUGAAGACAAAAAGAAACAAGUGGGUAUUGUUGAAGAAGAAGAGAAGUGGGUAACGCAUUACUCAUCAACUCAUCAAAUACUUUUAGUGGGUGAAGGAGACUUCUCCUUUUCAUUGUGUUUAGCCCUUUCUUUUGCUUCUGCUUCUAACAUCUGCACUACUUCUCUUGAUUCUUAUGAUACUGUGAUCAAGAAAUACAAGAAAGCAAAAUCAAAUUUGGGAACUCUAGAGAAGCUGGGAGCAUCCAUUCUACAUGGUGUGGAUGCAACCAAAAUGAAGCUCCAUCCUAAUUUGAAGAUGAGGAAGUUUGAUAGAAUCAUCUUUAAUUUUCCUCAUGCAGGCUUUUAUGGAAAAGAAGAUAAUAAGCAUAUGAUAGAGAUGCAUAGGAGUCUUGUGCAUGGCUUCUUCAAAAAUGCAAGUACCAUGCUAAGGGCUAAUGGUGAAGUUCAUGUGAGCCACAAAACAAAACCUCCAUUUGACAGCUGGAAUCUUGUGGAACUUGCUAGCUCAAACUCCUUGUCAUUAAAUGAAUGUGUUCCUUUUCAAGAAGAAGACUACCCAGGUUACAACCACAAGAGAGGAGAUGGGCCAAGGUGUGAUGAGGCCUUCCCCUUGGGAGAAUGCAGAACCUUCAAAUUUAGAUUCUCCUCUGAUUCUAAGAAGUCCAAAUUCAUACGCAACAAUGGAUUUACUAACAGAAGAACUGAACAACUUCUGCGGAGAUCUAUUCAAAUGCAAAAGCAGGGAACUUCAUUUGAUUUAAAGCGUUAUCAUACCAAGUUAAACAUAGAUACAAGUCAAUUUCCAGGCUAUGCGGGGAUUCCUUUAAUAAAGAAUAAUAUCCCAAGAGAAAGCCCCAGGAUAUUCGAUAGUUGCUUCAACAAUGUCAGGGAAACAUUUCCAAGAGUUCAUAAUAGUGUGGACUAUUUUGUUCAUGAAUCUCCCAGGUUCAACAGUUUCACACAACCUCAAACAAAUGUCACCAGAAAUAUGAAUAACCCUCCAGGCUACACAGGGUUUCCAUUGAAGAGUUAUGUCCAAAGAGAAAGAGCAAGAAUCUUUGAUGGGUGCUUCAAUAAUGCGAGGGAGACACUUGGAAGAGCUGGGCAUAAUGUGGAGUAUUCUGUUGAUGGAUCAGGUGUAUCUGGUUUUGAAAGAUACAUGGCAGGAGCACCAGGAAGAACCUUAAAUGGUUAUUUGUGUUUAAUGGAUGCACAUCACCGUUUGAGCACUUUGAGAUCAGCACGACUGCAAAGGAAGGGACUGCAUACAGUAACACAGGGUAAGGUAAUGGACUAAUGGCCAAUGGGGAAGUGUAUGAUACUAUAAUGGGGAAUUAGGUCGCCUUUUGGCUUUUGCUAAAAAUGCAAGUUAAGCAAGGAAUUUUGGUACAGAUAGAAAGCAUAGUUUGGUAUGUGUUUUGUAUAGUUUUACUGCCCCUGGGAAAUCAUAAUACCCUUAAAUAAUCAAAUUUUUAAUUUGGGUGGAGAUAUCUUUGCACCUAUUUACUUUAUAACUGGUGGAAACAUU